CUACUCUGCCACGGAGAGGGAGAGAGUAGGGAGAAAGAAGAGGAGCCGAGAGACAAUUUUUAAAGAUCGUUACAAUACAAACGCGUCUUCACUUCUUUAGGAUAUAGAAUAGGAAAUCAUGUUCUAAAUCUUCAGAGUACGUGGGAGAGAGAUUCGAUCCUGAUAGCUUUCUGUAUGGUUAAACACAGUUCCAAAAGGGUUCCACAUCUAAGGUGAAACUAUUGGCUUCCAGAGUUUGCUGGCUGUUCUGUUGCCUUGGAGAUUACUGUAAAGUCGGGCGCUGCUGUGACUCAUCUGAGGGAUCUGAUUACACAGUGGUCUUUUUGGUCUCCUGUCCAGAGGCAUGGCUAUUAAGCGUGGAGCCUCAUUAACCAUCUGAAGCUGCAGCCAGGUAGCCUACCUACUGUCACUGGACUGAUGGGGUUAUAAUGAAGCUGUAGAUCCCUCACCCCUCUCUCUGGAAUGGUGGCUCACUAAGGAUCAAAUAGCCACCAGCUGGACAAUGGGAAUGGCCACGCCCCUCUACAAGCUGCGUUGCUUCCUGCGGCGAGCUCACAUGCUCCUCCUCUUCUUGGGUAUCGCCUACCUGAUGGCAGGGAGCAUUCUGCUGCUGCAGCGCUCCAGCCUGACCCUGAGGACCACCCAGCCACCAGGCAGCGCCAGCCUCUCUUCUCUCAUGGCACUGCCAGCACCUCCCACAGCCGUGAGGGCUGCCCCCGGCCUGGACAUGAGGGCGCGCUCCAGAUGGGCAGCCCCCCAGGGCAUGUUGGGUGGUGGAAUGGGCAUCAAGAUGGGGCGGCACUGGCCCACAUCCCGGCACCUGAGGGUCCAACAUCUGCACCGCCGCUGGUUCCACGGUCUGAUGCCAGACACACAGGAGCAGAGGGGUCCCCUACAAAGCAAUACCAGGCACAAAGGAACCUACAUGGGUUGCUUCAUGCAUGAUGCCAAUGAUCAAGCCCUGGGGGGAACCGUGUUGUAUGACCUGCGCAAAAUGACCAGCUCUUUGUGUCAAGACACCUGCUCAGAAAGUGGGUACCGAUUUGCAGGUCUGGAGUACGGAGCAGAAUGUCACUGUGGUAACCACAUCAGCAGCUCGCGGUCCCAGGAGGAGGACUGUAGCCUAGUCUGCAGGGGGGAGAGGGGCGAGAGAGGAGUCCCCUGUGGGGGUGUGGGGCGCCUCUCCAUCUACAAGGUGGAGGAACAGCUCCCAGGACAGAGGAAAUUCAGAAACGUCCGCUACGGUGGCUGCUUCAAGGUUCCAAAGAACACCACCAACACCUUCCCUGUCUACUCCUUUCAACCAAACUCCACUUCACAGACCUGCAUCGAGACCUGCACAGAUAAGGAGCUCCCACUGGCUGUGUUGAGGAAGCCACAUUGUUACUGCGUCUGGGCCUCGUUUCUGUUUAGACUGAGUCAACGUCUGCCACUGGACCAGCCAUGUCUGGAGACUAAUGGCACAGAACACACUGAUGCCUCCAUCUCCACUUCCCCGUCUGACCAAGACUACUACCAGAUCUACCAGACACCUGUACUUGACUCUAGGUGCAAAGAGAGGACAUUUCUGCCUGAGAGGUCUACCUCCCUGGUGGCUCUCUCCAGCUUCCCCGGAGCUGGCAACACCUGGGUACGCCACCUGAUUGAGCUCGUUACGGGCUACUACACUGGCAGCUUCUACUUCGAUAGCGCGCUUUACAAUAGAGGUUUCAAAGGGGAGAAGGACUACUGGAAGAGUGGGCGUAGCAUCUGUGUUAAGACACAUGAGAGUGGUCAGAGAGAAAUAGAGAUGUUUGACUCUGCCAUCCUGCUGAUCCGGAACCCUUACCGUUCCCUCAUGGCAGAGUUCAACCGGAAGUGUGCUGGACACCUGGGCUAUGCCACAGACGCACAGUGGAGGAGCAAAGAAUGGCCAGAGUUUGUUGACAGCUACGCCCCCUGGUGGGCGUCCCACGCUCUGAGCUGGCUGCAGUUUGGCCGUCGCCUGCUGGUGGUACACUACGAGGACCUGCAGAGGGCGCUCUUCCCCCAGCUCCGCCUCCUCACCUUGUUCCUCAACGCCACCAUGAUGGAGGAGAGGCUGAUGUGUGCUAAAAGCAACCAGGACGGACACUUCAAACGCUCUGGGGGGGCCCAGCGACCUUCCUUCGACCCCUUUACCGCAGAGAUGAGGAGCACCAUCGAUUCCUACAUCCUCACGGUGGACCAGGCCCUGAGGGACAGGAACUACAACGGCCUGCCACACAAAUACUAACCCAGAUGAUCACCAGCUCAUCCACACUACAGCCCGAAAGGACAUGACAAUAAAUGAAGUGGGAAGGUGCAAUCUCUGCCACCACUCCAAGGGGAGUUGUCCAGCCAACUAAUUAGCAUGGUUGGGUGAAGGUUUUUAGAUGUGUUGAAGAAUUCUGUCAGCUACAAAACAUUUCCAGAAGAGUGGCUCAGAGGGAAAGUGACUGUAUGAACACACCAAUGAUGCACUUGACAUUGCCAACCCACUGUGAAUGGCUGUAACAUCGAGUUAGACUUUAGUGUGAACUGUCAGUUUCACUGGGAUGAAAACAUUGCUGAACAUUACAGCUCCUGCUGAAGGUGACACAUUCCCCUUUUUACUGCAGGCAUAUGGAGUAUGGAACAAUUGCCUGUCUGCACAAACAAUUCAAUCAAGCAUUGUAGACUGUGAGGCCUUUAGCUUGUAUUGGAAUCCUUAGGUCGUUUGAAUUUGUUUGGGAUUUUUGUCAUGUUUAAUAUCAGUUUUACUGAUAAACAGAAAACAUGCCAUCCAGCAAUGUAAUCUGGUUGUUGUAUUGGACUUUUGCUAAUUAAAUGUCCUAUGUUUAGCUCUAUUGUCAGGUUUUUCAUUAUUGGUUGAAUGAUUGACUCAUGGUUGACUCAUAUCUUGUUGUGGUAGUCAGUGGGUAGUGAAACUGAGGUAUCUGGUCUUAAGCAGGCUUUUUUGUUUGUUUGUAGUUGUAUCAGUUUGUAAGUGGCUUCCAUUUCUCUGAGAGACGUAAAGUGACAUUGUACUGGGUAAACAGCCCAUUCGUAGCAUUGUGUACCAUAUCUUGUACAAAUUGUGGCUGGUCUAAUAGCUUUGGUCUAAUUUGGUCUAGUAGCUUUCCCGUGUUUAUAGGGGAAAGUGUACCACUUGAGAAUAGAAUAUGGACACUUGAGUGCAAGAUAUUUUACCAAAUUAUAAUUUUUAAUUGCAUGCUUAAUGUUCAGUCUGUUACUGCAAACAACAAGUCAACACAUUGGGAAGAUAAUGGCCAGAAAGGUAUUUGAAGAUAGACAAACAAACAAUUGGUCAUAUUAAUGAAUCUAAAAGCUGGAUCCAUGCACAGACAGACGGCAGCACUGGCAUCUGUUUAUGUAGAUUAGCGGCAUAGUUGUGGAACAAAACAAACACAGACUAAUUAUAAAAUAAAUAUGGUGCAACUCUCUGGCUGUCUGCCAUUGUGUUUGGCUGAUGACAGAAUAUAAAGAAUUUCACACAAAGACAACGGAAAA